AUGACUGGCCAUUUCUUUGAAGGAGCCGAAAAGCUCUUAGAAAUUUGGUUUAUUAACGGUAACAACGGUUCGAAUAAAUCUACAAAAUGUAAUGAUUUACGAAAUAUUCCACGGGAUCUUAUUGAAGAAGUAUUAAAUUUGGUCAAUUGUAAAGUGCUUACAUACGCACAAUCGGCAACAACUGAUACAUAUGUAUUAAGUGAAUCAAGUAUGUUUGUAUUUCAAACGCAUUUUAUUUUAAAAACAUGCGGUGAAACAACAUUACUUCAUGCCGUACAACCAAUGUUAGAACUUGCACGCGAAUAUUGUGGAUUUGAUGUUGUUGAUCAAAUUUUCUAUAGUCGUCGCAAAUUUCUUCGACCAGAAUUACAAAAAGCACCACAUACGAGUUUUGAUCAUGAAGUUUCUUAUCUCGAUUCAAUCUUCGAAGGUGGUUCGGCUUACGUUCUCGGUCGUACUAAUGUUGAUUGUUGGUAUUUGUAUACACUUGAUAAAACAUGUGUCAGUACAAAAACGGAUCAAACAUUGGAAAUAAUCAUGACUGAUUUAGAUGAAGAAAAAAUGAAAAUCUUCUACCAAGAAUAUACAAAUUCAGCUGCUGAAGCAACAAAAAAAGCCGGUAUCGAUAAAUUAUUUCCAAAUGCAAAAAUUUUCGAUUAUUUAUUUGAUCCCUGUGGAUAUUCAAUGAAUGGUUUAUUACCCGACGGUCAUUAUUUUACCAUUCAUAUAACACCAGAACCAGAUUUUUCAUAUGUUAGCUUUGAAACGAAUGUUUCAUACAAUCAAUAUCAAGAAUUAACACGUAAAAUCUUAAAAAUGUUUAAUCCAGGAAAAUUUACAACAACAAUUUUUGGUGGAACGGCUUCAACAAGUCUCGAUGGCCAACGUAAAAUGAGUUUAUAUCCGGAUUAUGGUCGUAUUGAUCAUCAAAUUGUUUGUUUGGUUGAUCACGAUCUUAUGUACAGUUAUUACAAAAAACACCCAAGCUGA